AGGAAUACCUCACACAUUAACACAAAAUUGCCUUGAUAGUUGAUAAAGUCAGAGAGAAAAUUGUUGAGUUGCAAUCAAUGGCUACAAAUCAGGAAGAUGUGAAACUUUUGGGAGUUGUGGGAAGCCCAUUUUUUUGCAGGGUACAGAUUGCACUCAAAUUCAAAGGAAUUGAAUACGAAUUUGUUAAAGAAGACUUGACAAACAAAAGUGAUCUUCUCCUCAAAUACAAUCCGGUUCAUAAGAAAAUUCCAGUUCUUGUUCACAAUGAGAAGCCGAUAUCAGAAUCCCUUGUGAUUCUUGAGUACAUUGAUGAGGUUUGGAAACAAAAUCCCAUUUUGUCGUCUGAUCCAUACCAAAAAUCAUUGGCUCGAUUUUGGUCGAAAUUCAUCGAUGACAAGAUUGUGACCUCUUCAUUCAAAGCUGUUUAUGCUGUUAACGAUGAGAAGGAGCGCCAGAAGAAUGUUGAAGAAUCAACCGAGGCUCUGCAGAUUCUUGAGAAUGAGCUGAAGAACAAGUACUUUGGGGGAGAAGAGAUUAACUUUGUGGAUAUUGCUGCUGUGUUCAUAGCUUUUUGGAUCCCUUUGAUUCAAGACAUAGCUGAAUUGAAAUUGUUCAAUGCUGAAAAGUAUCCAAAGCUUUACAAAUGGAGCCAAGAAUUUCUCAACCAUCCUGCUGUGAAGGAACAUGUGCCUGCUAGAGACCCUCUUUUUGCAUUUUUCAAAGCUAAAUAUGAUGCCCUUGUUUCUGCUUCUAAAUAGAUUCAGAAUUUCAAGUUUGUGAAAGCACUUAUUUUCUGUCAUUGUGUUUUUACUGUUGGGAUUUCAUUUCAUAAUAAGUUUUGGUAUGUAGUUUUUUCCAUGAGGAAGAAAUCAAUAAUAUUGUUGUCAUUUUUCAUAUUUCAAUCAAUAAAGAAAAGGAUUUUUGUCCCGUAA